CAUCUGUAACUUCAUUUGAAAUUACGGUCAGCUGGUGAAACACGAUUUCGAUAAUGAAACCAGCUGGUCUGUGCGUCUGCUGUCUAAUUUAAGUGAUUUGACUGGCUUAGCAUACUAAGUUACAAGACAGUCCUAUGUAUACUGUAUUGUGAGUCACGAUUUGUUUGCUUGUGCAAUAAGCAGUUUAGAUUGUUUUCCGUUAUAUGUGACAAUGUUAUAUCUACAUUAUUUAAUGUGAGCGACCGUUAUCGUAUAUAUUUUGUAUGUUAAGAGAUAGAGAGACAUUGAAUAAUUAACUUAAAUUAAUUAUAGGACCAAUGGAAAAAGAUAGAUUCUCGCUUCUCCUACUCGACCCGGGUGAAAUUUAUUUUGAAGAUUUGAGUGUUUACUUUUAUUUAGGAGAUCAGUUUUACAGUAAGAAAAAGAAAACAGAAAGAGAAAACCUGGGAAGAUUGAAGGUCUGCUCGAAGUCACUUGUGUUUGAACCGAAAGAUGUAAUGAAACCUCUUAUAAAAAUGAAGUUCGAAAACUGCCUUAAGAUUGAAGAGAUCAGCUUGACAGAGAAAGAAAAGCUAACAUCUGCAAACCCCAACAGUGCAAUCUGUGUCGAUUGCUCCAGACAUGCUGAGAUGCUUGAAGGCAACGUAAUUGCACCUUACACUUUCCGAGAUGGGAGACGGAAGUUCGUGUUUGUACUGAACUACGGACAUGUGGAGCAAUGUCUGCGCAGGAUAGGACAACUGCACAGGGCUGCCACUCUCCCAGCAUCGGAUCAAAACAACAUGUUACAAGCUAUUGAGGUGGCGAUGCAAGCCAGCAAGACAUUCGAUCGUCUCUGGCUGCAAGAUAUGUAUGAGCAGGUGGUACUGGAGACAACUGCCAACAAGAUCACACCUCUAGUGGUUAACCCCGGCAUGGUCCUGCUGUCUUCAACCACCCUCUACUUCCAGUCGUACAACAACAUAGAACCGAAUAAUCUAUUGAAAAUCAACCUCUCUGAUAUACGGAAUGUAACAAAGAGAAGAUUUAUGCUUCAGCAUGUGGGUUGUGAAGUAGAGUAUAACGGACUGAGUUACCCAGGAAUACAAAGCCUGUUCCUCAGCUUCCCACGACAGUAUGAACGAGACCGGUUCUACUCUACACUGAUGUCACAGCCUACACUCAGUCUGGCCGACCUGGACCGGGAGAGGAUGACUUUGUGCUGGCAGAACGGCAUGCUCUCCAACUACGAAUACCUUCUGUAUUUGAACAGUGAAGCAGACAGAACGUUCAACGACUUGACUCAGUAUCCAGUCUUUCCCUGGAUCAUACAAGACUACACUUCCAGUAGUCUAAAUCUGCAUAGCAGCAAAACUUAUAGAGACUUGACUAAGCCUGUUGGUGCUCUGAAUCCUACAAAACUGCAGAGGCUCAAGGAAAGGUAUGAAGAGAUGUCAGACAACAAGUUCCUAUAUGGUUCCCACUACUCAGCCCCAGGGUUUGUGCUGUUCUACCUUGUGCGGCUCUACCCUCACUACAUGUUGUGUAUGAACAACGGCACUUUUGACAAGCCUGAUAGGAUGUUUAACAGUGUGGCCGACGUUUGGCGCAAUGUGCUCACCAACAUGGCUGACUUCAAGGAACUGGUGCCUGAGUUCUAUAACACCAACAAUAACGGGGAGUUCCUGUGUAACAAGUACGGCAUAAACUUUGGCUUCCGCUCAGACAACACAAAGGUGGGGGACGUGGAGCUUCCACCGUGGGCUGAUGGACCUAUGGACUUUGUGCGCCAGAUGAAGGAGGCUUUAGAGUCAGACCAUGUGUCCCGGAACCUCCACCACUGGAUUGAUCUCAUCUUUGGUUACAAGCAGAGAGGAGACGAAGCUGUCAAAGCUGAUAACUUGUUCUGUAACGUCUGCUAUGAGGGCGUCAUUGACUUGGAUUCCAUAUCGGACUGGAGCAGGCGUCAUGCGAUGGAAGUUCAGAUCAUGGAGUUCGGACAGAUCCCCAAGCAGAUCUUCCAGCAGCCCCACCCCAGUAAGACAAAAUUCCAGGUGGACCGUCCCAUCACGGUUGCUGCUCCAGUGACAGCAUGGCAGAUGUCACCUGUUGAGACCAUCACGUCACACCGGGCCGCCGUCACAGCAGUCAUGCUCUCUGCAGACUGCAGCCAGGCUGUGUCUGUUGCUAGGGACGGGUUACUCAAGAUUCACUCAGUCACCACUGGUAGGCAAGAGCGCAGUGCCACUCUCUCCAGCACUCCGUUAUCCUGUCUCGUGGCCUUCCUGCCAGAAACUGUCAUCGUAGGCUCCUGGGACAGCAACAUUAUAAUGUAUGACGUGGCGUGUGGUCGUGUGGUAGACUGCAUGUUGGGACAUGAGGACGCGGUGACAUGUCUGUGCUGGGCGGACGAGCGCCAGCUGGUGGUCAGUGGUUCCUGGGACUGCUGUGUGAGAUUAUGGACCACCCAUUCAUGCCCACCCACCGCUCCCAUCCGCCCCGCCACUGACUUGGUGACCCAACUGGAGCAUGAUAGUAGGGUCACCUGCCUAGACAUUAACAGGCGAAAUACUCAACUUGUUUCUGGCACUGAAGAUGGAGAUGUUGUAGUUUGGUCCUUAGUGACCUACACUGUUAUCCAGAAACUACAAGGCCACGAGGGCACAGUAAAUGAUGUCAAGUUGAGUCCAGAUGCCAAACAGCUUGUGUCCUGUGGAGAUGACAGAACAUUCCGGCUCUUUGACUUCAACUGUGGAGGAAUGCAGACUUUCUGCAAGGAGCUGGACCAGUCUCUCAAGUGCCUGGUGUGGAACGGGACAGAGUUGCUGCUCGGCGGUUGUCAGGGAUCUGUUUACAUCUGGGACAUGGUACGGGUCACUCAGAGGAAACAUGUACAGGCACACCAAGGAGCAGUGUUAUGUAUGGCUCUAGCAGAAGAUAGCUCUGUGCUGGUAUCUGGUGGGGAGGACAGCAAACUGCUUAUUUGGAAGCCGAAUGUAACUCCCUCAUCAUCUUAGCACUUUGUUGUUGUUUUAGUGAUAUUUUUAUACAGUUGUGUUUAGGGUAAGCUAUUUUACUGUAAAGAUGACGAUUUACUCAAUUGCAUCUAGAUAAUAUGUUCAUUGAGAUUGAAAAUUGACUUUUGUUCCUCUAAAACAAUUAUCUUUCUGAAUAUAAAAUAAAAUACUGUUUUUUUAAUAGACAAAGAAUGAAGGUUUUCAAGGAACACUACUCUUGUAAUAAAAGUAAAAUUUUUGAGAGCAUUUGCUAUUAACAAUGUUUGUUUGUUACCAAAAACAAAAAUGACAUUUCUACAUGCAUGAAUAAUGGUAGUAAUAUUUUAAUUCUUUCAAUACUGUGUUGACUUUAAUGAAAAUAUAAUAUUAUAAAAAUAUAGACUUUAAGGACCAAUUGAUCCAGUACUGAGAUUGUGUGCAUGCCUAAUAGCAUCUUGAUAGGCAAAUCAUUGUGAGCUGGGGUCUUAGUUAAAGAUUUAAACGAUUUUACCCUAAAAACGCCAUUUUCAGUCAAGGGUUGUCAAGUAUUACUGUAUCAAUUUUUUUCAAUGUAUGUCCUUCAGCUAUGCAUUAUCAACAUGCGCAAUUUCUUUUGAAAAAAAAAAUUAUGUCAAACUAAAAUUGGGCAGCCAUAUUUUCUUUAGUCGUGAACUGGGACUGUUCUAAUUCACCUAUUGGCAUUUAGUUUCUGGAUCAUUAAAAGAUCCGGUUCAUCACAUGUUUAUGACACUUUACAAUGUUUCAGUGUCAUUAUUCAUUUUUGCAUUAAUUUAUUUGUCACAGUGUGGAUUAUAACUAAUGUCUUCAAGGACAACAUUUGAAUCCUGCAAAACCCUGUGUACUCAAUAAUCACAUUAACAUUCAUUUGUUUCAAAACAAAACAUAUUUCUAUUGUGACGUUUACAAGUUUAAAUGAAAAUUUUACAUUGACACACUGUACUUUCAAUUGCAAACAUGUUUUUGCAUAAGGUGGAUUAUGCAAAAUAAGCCAACAGUUUCUGAUUUGUCAUUUUUCUGAUUCAACACAUCACACAUAUUCUACCCAUAAAUUUUUUAACUAACAUCUUUGGUAACAUCACAGAGUAAACAGAACAUCUAAAAAUAUGGAUUACGUAAUAUAAUUUAAUGGAAAAUGUCAAAUCACGUAAAACUACAGGAUCAGCUUUUUUUGGGGUUCUGCAUGUUCUGUAAGACUGUGGAAUUCACUCUCAAAGUUUUAACAUACGUUUGAUAAUAUUAUGUUCACGGUGAAACUAAGUAAACAUGUAUUCAGAUACUUUUUUAAUUUUUUAUAUUUUACCGACACAGUUUAUUAUUAAAAUAAUAAUGUAGUUUUAGUUUAUAAUAGCUCCUUUAUGUUAGUGUUUAAUUAGUUUUAUUUAUAACUUGGCAUUAAAG